AAUACAUCAUUUGCGUUUCUAAACUUUAUGCUAACCUCUUUUCGGUUUCAUUGCGUUUUACUAUGGCGUUUUAGUGUAAACGUGAAACAAAAAACUCAUUGAAGCGUUUAUUUCGUUGAAUUAAACACGUUGUAACCACGUAAAAUAGUGUAAUACUACAUUCAAUACGUACAUAAACAAUGGCUGAUGUUUUGGAUAUCAACGAUGCGGUGGAAUUAGAAGUUGAAGAAGAAGGCGACCAGAGCGUGGCGCGGUUAAAGGACAAAGUUACCAAGCGAAAAGGACGUGGAUUCGGCGCCGGUGCAAGCAGCAGGGCAGAAAAAGUCAAAAACUAUGAAAGUGUUGAUGGUGAUGGCAGUGGCGAUGCUAUUGGUCCACAAAAAUCUGUUGAAGGAUGGAUUUUAUUUGUAACUUCAGUCCAUGAAGAAGCAUCAGAUGAGGAUCUCAAUGAGAAAUUCUCAGAAUAUGGACUGAUAAAGAACAUCAAUUUAAAUCUGGACCGACGCACGGGUUUCCUCAAGGGAUACGCGUUAGUUGAAUAUCAAAAUUAUGAAGAGGCUGAUGCUGCCAGGAGAGCUCUGAAUGGCACAGAUGUCCUGGGACAAAACAUUGGCGUUGAUUGGUGUUUUGUUAAAGGACCCAAAAAAUCACGACGCAGCCGCAAAUCAAAGCAUUGAUUGACCCAAUCAACGAGAAUCAUAAGCAGAAUUGAAUAUUAUUUAUAUUUUCAUUUUUACUAAAGAAUUAAGCAACUUUUCUAUUCAUAACUGUAUCAAUAGUGAAUAAAACAAGUGAACUCAGA